AUGCUAUUUGCCUUCACCUUAACUACAGUCACGAAGAUACUACUGCACAUAACGAUCUUCUUUACUAUCAUCAAAAGUCUCAUACAAUGCUGCGGAAAGAACAGAAAGGUAGCCGGGGUGGAUUCGCGCCGAACGUCGAGGAGAAUGCAAGAUUCUUACGCACCGAAGAGUUCCCAAGCUGUGACCCCUCGUCGGAUGAGCACGCCUGCAACUCCUAGGCAAAGAGAUAGCCUCAAACCUGGCAUUGGCAAGAAGACUCAGCCGAGCAGUGACGACGACAAGAAACAAGAAUUUUUGCCAUAUCCAGAAGUAGCAGAACCUACACCCAGUGCAAAACAACGACACAAGGACGAGUUGGAGCGGGAGAAAAGACAAAAGAUAGCUGAAGGUUUCUACCAGGAAAAAUCUGAUCAAGACGAUACAUUAGAAAAAGUGGCAAGCCUGAAAAUGGAGCCGUCCGAAUCGACUAAAAGAGCAGCAUCGGCGAAACGAUCAUUUAGACAGAGGCGACUAAAUGAUGAGUCCCUCCAUCAAAGAGUUCCCGCUACAGCUCGGCUAGCAGUAACAUGACCAUGUUGGCAUCGUGAACUCAAAAGAAUGAAAUGAAGCUGUUUUCGUAGACUAUCAUUAAAUAAAAUUUGUAACA